AUGCUACACUACGGGUUUUUAUGCUUAAUUAUAUCACAUUCGUUGAUAAGUGCUCAAAACGAAAUUCCGGCUCAAGCUGUCACAUUGCUGGAUAGGAAGUCAUAUGUUGAAUAUAAAUUUAUUGAAUGGAAUUAUGCAGAUGAUGGACCACAGUUGAACUUACCAAUACGUUUUCGUACCCGAUCAAUCGAUGGACGUCUGAUAACGUUAUCAGCACAAGGACUUGAAGGGAACAUAUUCACUUUGUCUGCUUAUGUUGAUAAUGCAGCGGUUGCUGUUGAUUUAAUUAACAGUCAAGAGAAGCUUAUCAGGAAAAUAAGGAAGCAAUUACCCGGUGUAAAUAAUGGCAUAGAAUAUUCGAUGUCAAUUCAAUUAAAUUUGGAAAGGAAAAUAUUAAAACUGAUUUAUGGUGAAGGAAUGAUGGAUACGUAUGAGUUUAAUGAUGAUGUCAAAAUUGAAAAUCGUAUGCAACUAGAAAUUAUAAUCGGAAAUAACGAUGGACUAAAUAGUAUAAUUGGUUGUGUUACAAUCGUUGGUUUAACAGUUGGUAAUCGCUUUGUGUUUGAAUUGGAAGAAAAUAAACGCUCGGCGAUGAUUAGAGAUAAUUGCGAUACGCUUUGUACAAAUGAACUGUGCAAUAAAGGUAAAUGCAUUGAUUUAUUUUAUAGAACUGUAUGCGAUUGCCGUGGUACUUAUCAAUCAGGAAAGCAAUGUAAUGAAGCAAUGAAAACAAUCAAUGUAUCCUGGGAUCAAUAUAUCUCAUAUAAGAUGGAUGAUAGUGGUUCACAACCAACUGUCAUAUCAAUUGAUUUUAAGACUGAUGUAAAUGAAGGCUUAAUAAUUCAUGGAACAAUUUUAUCACUUGAAACUAACAAACCAAUUGGUAAACUAAAAUUAGCACUUAUUUAUGGACAGUUACGAUUAACAAUUGCUAAUCUUGCCGAAAUCAGUUUUGAUAAUGUUACUCUCAAUAGUGAUAGAUUUAAUCAAAUUUUACUGGAAUUCGAAUACAAUAUUAAUAUGGUUCAUAUGACUUUUAAUGGUAAUGCAAAAUCAACAAGUUUGAGGGCAGAUGAUAAAGAUUAUCAUAUCAGAUUUGAUAACGAAUUAUUCUUCUGUGCCGGUGAUAUUGAGGUUGGCUUGUCUGGAUGUUUACGUGGAAUUUACGUUGAUUAUUUUGACGUAAUCGAUGGGUAUGCUAAAGGUUCACCAAAGGUAAAUGCAAAUGCAGAAUUGAAGAAUUGUGAUAGAAAUGGUUCCAUUAUCGUGAAAGAAUCAGAAAUUAAAAUUUUACAUGCUAUGGAAGCAAAAUUACUGGAUGGAAUUAUGGAUGGACAGGUUGACGAUGAUAAACAUGAUGAAUUUAAAGGCGAUAUUCUAUGGAAAGUUACAGAGUUACCAACAAAGCAAUUUUGUGAAAAUGACGAAGCUGUAAAUUGUAAAAAUUCUAUCGAAUGUAUAAAAGAAAAUGAUAUACCUAUCUGCAUAUGUCGUAAAGGUUUUACUGGAGCAUCUUGUCAAUUUUCACUUCUACCAUGGAAUUGUAAUGAAAUAUUACGUAAUGGUAAUACAAUAUCCGGAAUGUAUAUUAUUGAUCCUGAUGGUUCCGGAUCACUACCGGAAACAUAUGCUUAUUGUGAAAAUGGUAAAACAAUUGUUACACACAAUAUGCCCAAUAAUACGAUAAUUCAUAGCAAAGAUUUGGGUGAUAUUCAUAUGAUAGUUAAUUAUAAAUUAUUCAAUGAUCAACUUUUGCAAAGUUUAAAAAAACAUUCCGAAUUCUGUUCACAAGCAGUGCGGUAUAAUUGUCGUAUGGCACCUUUGAGAUUUGAUCAAAUGAAAACGUGGUUUACAUCAAUCUCAAAUGAAUUCUUUGGCGGUUUUGGCGGAAUUGACGGGACAUGUCCCUGUGAUAACAACAAAUGUUCAAAAUGUAAUUGUGACAAUGGCGGUACCACAAGUGAUUAUGGUUUAAUGACAGGUGAUCAAGUGCCAAUUCGUGGUAUCUAUCGAUUAAGUGACCCAUCAGUUGAUCGAGGCUACAUAACACUUGAUCCAUUGAUUUGUAGUGGAAGUGCUGGUCAAUCUGAUGCAUAUACAAUGACAAUUCGAAAGCAAUUUAAUGUCGCAGAAAUUGGAAAUUGGGAUGGUAAUAUGUUAAGUUUCGAAUUUCGCACUUAUCUUGAAAGCGCUACAUUACUUUCAUCAAAGGAUUCAUUCAUUACGAUUACAAUGUUGGAGCGAACAUUUUAUUUACAAAUUCAUAAUCAAAUUAAUUUAUCACUUAUCCCACAAUCAAGAAAAAAUGAUGGAUACUGGCAUCGAAUUAUCGUUGAUAUUCGUGAUGGAUCAAUACGAUUUUCAGUAGAUGAUACAGUAAUAACAGCAGUAAUUAAGCAUCAUACAUUUAGCAGUACAUACUUAAGUAUUGGUGGUGGCGGUAAUGGAUUUUUGGGUUGUAUUCGUCAAAUACUUUUAAAUGAUACAUUGCACGAAGUGGAUCAAACUUUUCGGGGUAAAUGCACCAAUAAAUGUGAAUCACAUCAUUGUCAACAUGAAAGUGGUUGUGAGGAAGAUUUUGUGACUGAUACAGUACGUUGUGUUUGUAAGAAUGCCAUCGUACAUUCGGGACAUUUAUGCCAAAAUAGUAUUAAUUAUGGAACAGAAGUAAGUUUUCAUGAUUCGAAAGAAGCAUUCCUGAAAGCUGAGAACAUUACUAUUGCAAAAGCAUUGAUGCAACGGAUUAUAUUUAGCUUUCGUACUGAUCAACGUGAUGCUUUACUCAUUUAUCUUCAUGAUCAAUUAUAUAACUUCCUACAGGUGCAUUUAUCCGAUCAUUCACACAUGGUACUAACACUCAAUUUCAAUCGCACAAUUUAUCGUUGUGAAGUUAUUGCUAAAAUUGGAAAUGAAUACAGUCGAAUGAAGUGGAUUCAAGUGAUGAUAUUUCAAUGGACCGAUUCGAUUGAAUUAAAUGUUAAUGAUGAAAUAUGUCAAAUUACUGGUGAACGCAUUCUUUCCAAUAAUUUCAUUAAAAAAUUUGAAGUCACUCAUGAUAUCAAUGAUAUUAUACAACCACCAGUCUCACCAAUAACUGAACAAGGUGUUACCUUCAGUCAUUCAUAUGUUUUAUUAUUUGUUGCUGGUGUACCAACCGAAAUUCAUUUCGGUAAUUUGGAACCGAUUUAUCGAUCGACUAUCCCAAAUUUGCUUGGUUGUAUGCGUGGUUUAAUGAUUGGUGACAAAAUAAUCGAUAUGCGUAAUCAAUAUUAUUGGUCUCAUUAUCCAACUAAACCAGGUAUGAUCAAAUAUGGCUGUGAAUUGGGUUGCCAUCAAAUUGAACAUUUAUGCAAAAAUGGCGGUCAUUGUUCGGUACAAUGGACAAAGACGAAAAAUGCUGAAAAUAUUAUUAGUUGUAAUUGCGCCCGAACAUCCUACUAUGGCGAAUAUUGUGAUAAAGAUAAUGGUGCAUAUUUUGCGGGUAAUUCGAUAUUAGUAUUAAAUACUGCUGAAAUUUUCGAAAAAGCUAUCGUUAACUGGAAUGAAAUUAACGAACAAACAUUCAGUUUUGCAUUUUCUACAACGAAUACGGCAAAAUCAACAAAGCUAACAAAGCCACAAACGCUUGCAGCAAUUCAUUUUAAGCAUAAUAAAAUGUUACAAGUAAUAUUAUGUAAAAAUGGUUCAAUUAAUAUUGCUAUAACAACAACUGAUAUAUCAUUUGUUUACACAUUUUCAUAUAAUUAUAACGAUGGUUAUCGACAUUACUUUCAUGCACAAUUUCAUGCUAAUAAAUCAUUGAAAAUUACGAUUGAUUCAUGGAAAAAUGAUUUUCCAAUACAGUUAGCAGCAGAUUUAUCACUAGCAUAUGCAAUUAAAUUUUCUUUCGGUGGACCAUACAUUACAGAUAUUACAGAUAUGAUAAAUGCUGAUAAGAAAACGAUAAAGUAUAACUAUACUGGUUGUUUAUCAAAUAUUGACAUUGAUGUAAGUGUUCCACGUAUGCGUCUUAAACCAAUCUUAUAUUUGCAUAAACCGGAACUUGAAUUUGCUGAAUCGGUAACAAUUAUUGGUAAUAAAAUUCAAUUGGGUGCAUGUAAUUCAUUUUUAAUUCCUGGAAAUUUGCCACCAAUACUAAACACUGUAACGGCACCAGUUUGGGAUUCACCGUUUAUCACUGAAUCUUAUCAAAGAACAUUUGAUAAUGAUAAGAUUGAUGAUGAUGAAAUGAACGAAUCGGAAUGGUGGAUGGUACCAUUUAUUAUCACUUUAAUUCUACUGAUAAUUUUGGCUGGUAUAUUUUGUUUGUGGAAGCAUAAAGGACUAUUACAUGAGCAAUCACCAAUGCCAUCAUCAAAAGAUCUCGAAAAUAUUGCUCCAUCUAAAGAUCUAGAAAAUUCGCCAUUGCUUCCAGCUGCAAAUAAUCAGAAACCAGCACAUGUGAUCAAAAAUGAUUUUGCUUUACCGGAACCUGAUCAGCAACUCGAUACUAAUAUAUCGACCCGGAAUAUUGUUGAUGAUUUAAAAUUAACAGAAUCAAAAAAUGCUUUAAUUGUUGAAGCGGUAAUUCAACAACAAACAACCAAUUCAAGAGUUUCCAGUAUUGAUGGUGUAAGUGAUAUGACAACCUAUUUUACUGCCAAUACAGAAUUUAAUAUUGAUGAUGAAAGUGAUGAUGAUAAUGAUAAUGAUGAUGAUGAUAAUGAUAAUUGUAAAGACUUAUUAACUCAAAAGAUUGAUGAUGAUGAUGAUGAUAAUGAUGAUAACGAUAAUGAUUGUUCAAAUGAUACAUUGAUCAAUUGUAAGAAUAAUGAUAGUUUAACAACAAAUUAUAGGAAUUUAUAUAAUUUAGGGUAUAAUUUAUCUCAACGAUCGUUAACAUUUAAACGUAGUGAUUCAACAGCUCCACCAGGUUCACCACUUUAUAAACCACCUGAAAUUGGAAGAAGAAGUCUAAAAAUAGUAGCAUCACCUUGUUCACCUGGAUCAUUUAAUAAUUAA